CUCGUGACCUCCCCGAAAUGGAAGCCAUUGUUUCGACACUGCGUUUCUCCUUUCACACGCGCCAUCCGCUGCCAUCUCCGUCCCGCAGGCCAAUCCGUCCGCGCUCGUGUCGACCAGCUGUUAAGCACGUUUUGCCGCCUCGCGCAGUUUCCCAAAAGAGCGCGGAGGAAGGGUUUGGUGCGGCGGAUAGCAACCUCGAUGCCCUCCCAGAUGAGUUUUAUAAUGAUGAGUGGCAAGCACGCCAACGUGAAAAAACAAAGGAGUGGCAUGCUUAUCGUAAGAAGGAGGAAGACGAAGAAAGGAGAAAGAUUGAUGAAUAUCGGGAGAUAGGCAUGCGCCUAAAGGAAUACCCUGAGGAAGAAGUUCGCAAAGCAAGAAAAUUAGUUUCAAGUUUCAUAAGGUCUGCUGAAGAAGUGGAAGAGAAAAUUGAGGCAGCAGCUGAGAAAGGUGAACUUACAGAACUCGUUUUGAUGGUUAUUUGGAAUCGGCUUGAUCUUGCUCGACGAGAUGAGGAAAAGGAUGUUGUUAGAAGUCUAGACCUUUUGUACAGGAGGAUAGAGACAGAGAUUUUGAAGAGGGAUUCUACGCCUGCUAUGAGGUUGCUCAAUGACCUACUUAACCUCCAUGAUGGAUUUGAUGAUGAAGGAUGGCUUAAGCAAUGCAGGAAGCGCAUGGUUGAUACUUUCCCCAGAGAAGAUCCUUUCAGCAUGCUUGUUCCUGCUGGGUUCGACAUGGAAAAUCAUCAUGGCCGCGUAGAGUUGCCUCCUGAGGAUGACGACGUGAUACUAAGGGUGGAUUUUGUCAGAGAGGUUGACCAAUUAUUGCAAGAGGUCCGAUCUGAGCAACAACUUCUGGAAUCUCCACAGGGAUUGGAUCCUGAAACAGUCGCAGUCAGGCUGAAGCAGCAGGAGAAGCAAAAGACUAUCCAUCAAGUAGAGGCACUCCUGGAGUUGGCAAUGUCACUGCAGUGGUAAAGCUGCAGUGAGAUCCCAAAUCUAAGUUGUCGUAUGCUGCAUCCACACUAAAUCGCUCAUCUUAUGAGCUCAUGACCUUGCAGAUAAGUGGAUCUGCUUGUGAUACUGAUCAUGUUCUUGGACGUCGGCAUGCUGAUGAAGUUUUAGAAUCUGCGACAUGGUUCUCAUCUGGAUGACACCCACAAGUGCCCUAGCAUCUACUUUCUUUUUUGUUAUUGAAACCAAAGGAUUGUAUUUCGAUACAAAUGGGUUUAAUAUCAGUUGGCAUACACGAGAACUAAGAAUCACCUUGUGAUGAAGAUUGUGAGUGCAUUUCACAUGUGGUACAACCAACAUUUCUAGAAUGUCAUCUGUCUUAAAAACAGUUAGGGCA